AUGCGCACUGUCACUUUCUCAGAGUACUGCCAUGUGGCUCUCCAAGGGGCUGUCCUCCGGCUCCUAGAGCCGAGCAUCGCUACUGGGGGGACAACUGUGUGGAGGAGCCUGGGCCCAGGCAUAAGGUGGCCAGAGGACAGAAGCCUCACCAAGUUCGGCAUAAAAAGCCAGGAUUUCUCGGCCCCGAGUCCCUGCGGCCUCUGGGUCAUGUGUCCCAGCUAUGUGACCAGAGCUGGCCAGGGCCCUCGCCUUGUGCCUGGGUGUCAGGUUCCAGAGGGCGCCUUGAAGGGACAAAGCUUCUAA